AUGGCAACUAAAAUUCCCACAGAAAUAUUAAUUAAAAUUUUAAAUAAUAAUGCCAAAUCAUCUCAUGAUUUAUAUUCAUCCUUAUUAGUUAAUCGAUUCUGGUGUAAAGUUACUAUACCGAUACUUUGGAAAUUACCUUUGGGUCAAAAAUAUCAUCAGGUGGGUCAGCCGUGGAAGCUAAAAUGGUCGGAGAAGGUGUGGAAGAAAGCAUUAUGUAUUCGAACCUAUAUAUCAUGUAUGGAUACUCAAGCUAGAACUUUACUCACUCAAAAUGGAUUUGAUUUAUCAUUAUCACCACCUCAAGCCACUUUUGAUUAUCCAUCGUUCACUCAUAAAUUUAGAUUUUAUAAUUUAGCAAAUUUUAUUUACUAUUCACGAAAAAUUAUUGGUUCAGAUAAUGCCAUCAUCAAAUCACGAUUAUUAUUUCGUGAGAUAUGUAAAUUAAUAAUAAAUCGUAGCACAUUUUUGAAUUCUUUUAAAAUUCAGAUAGUUCGCGAAUAUCAUUGUCAAGAAAUUCUAAAUAGUGAUUUAAUCAGUUCAAUUAUGAAGUUACCUGGUGUUCCGAAAGUAUUUAAGAAAUUAGAAACAUUUAUUUCGGCGACAAGAAGGCAUGAACUAACUACACCAGUAUAUGAAUCAUUUGCACUAAUUUGUGAUAAUAUUUUAAAUAUGAAUUUGACAUUUUAUUCAUAUUCUCAAGUGCAAUUAUUAGAAAAACUUAUUAGUGUCCAAAAACGGUUAGAAAAUCUAUCGAUUAUUAAUCAUAGUCGUAGGGAUAAUAAUUUUAAUUUUAAUUCAUUAUUAUGGGCUAUUAUCAGUCAAAAAGAAACCUUAAAGAGUCUUCGUUUAAAAUCAGUAAAUUUUUACCAUUUCAAGGGGAAAUCAUUACCAAUUGGACUUCAAGAACUUCAAAUUGAAUCGUGUUCAGGAUUGUACAAAUUGGAUUGCUUAAUUUUAGCUUCAUCAUUUACUCAAUUAAGUAGUUUUCGUUUGAGGCAUCGUUUUCAGCAUAGUUAUGGUGUGUAUCCUCAAGAAUUUAUUAUAAAAAUUCUCGAAACGGCCAAUAAAAAUUUAAAAAAUAUUUUUCUAGAGUCAAAUGGUAAAAUUCUAUCGGACAAUAUGCUUUCAGUAAUUUUAAAUUAUUGUACGAAGGUUACAAAAUUAACUUUACCAAGGUUAAAUCUUGAACAAGUUAUAGCAAUAUUUAAUAAUAAUUUUAACGAAUUAAGAAGCUUUUCAUUUAUUUAUGGAAAAGAAUCGGAUGCUAAUAAAUUAUUAUGCCAAAUAGCCGAAAGUAUACCCGAAUCACUUGAAACUAUUGAAAUUAGAAUGGGAAUAUUUAGUGGUGAUAGUUUAAGAAAAUUUUUUGAAGGGUGGUGUUGUAAUGGAGGUGGAGGAAAUAAAAAGAUGAUUGUACAACAUUCAGCAAUAAGUGAUGAACAUUGGAAAGUUAUUGAGGAAUAUCAAUAUCGAGUUCAAUUUGAAAUGUUGAAUUAUGGGUUUUAUUGA